GAGAGAGAGAGAGAGAGAAAGAAAGAAAGAAGGGGACUCAGACACUCAGACACUCAGACAGAUGUGACCAAGGCAGCAGCUCUAGCAACCAUGGACUUCUGCAAUAUGUGGGUACCAGAAAUCAGGAUGUCAAAGCCAGUAGAGGUUGAGAACACAGGGGCUGACUCUCCAAUGGAGAGCACAGAUUCAGAGCGGAAUGGUCCUGACUCAAAUCAUCAGCUUCAGCAGAUGAAAAUCAGUCCCUUUCACCUUUCUCCAACCCUCAGCAGCAACAAGAAUAAGAUGGAAGAGUGUGGUGAGAUGUCCCCGGGCCCUCCUCCCCACCACAGCCACGCCCCCUCACAGACGCCCCUCCCACACACACAGCUCAUGCUGACCGGCUCCCAACUGGCAGGGGACAUCCAGCAGUUGUUGCAGCUGCAGCAGUUGGUUCUGGUGCCAGGACACCACCUGCAGUCUCCUCAGUUCCUCCUCCAACAGCACCAAGGGCAGCAAGGACUGCUAUCAACACCAAAUCUGAUUCAGCUACCUCAGCAAAACCAAGGGAGCCUCCUGUCCGCUCCCAGGCUGGGGCUCCAAGCACAGAGAGACAAGGCUAUGGAGAGCAGUGGGGUCAUGACCUCUGUGUCCUCUGUGACCUCUCACCCCGAGGAGCCCAGUGACCUUGAGGAACUGGAGGUGUUCGCCCGCACCUUCAAACAGAGACGCAUCAAACUGGGCUUUACACAGGGUGACGUGGGAAUGGCCAUGGGGAAGCUAUAUGGGAAUGAUUUCAGCCAGACCACCAUCUCUCGCUUCGAGGCCCUCAACCUGAGCUUUAAGAACAUGUGCAAACUCAAACCACUACUGGAGAAGUGGCUCAAUGAUGCAGAGACCAUGUCCACAGACAGUACUAUGCCCAGCCCCAGCUCUCUGUCCUCUUCCUCGAUGGGCUUCGAGGGCCUGCCGGGCCGACGCAGGAAGAAAAGAACCAGCAUCGAGACUAACGUCCGCGUGGCCCUGGAGAGAGCCUUCAUCACGAACCAGAAGCCUACCUCAGAGGAGAUCCUGUGUAUCGCGGACCAGCUCAGCAUGGAGAAGGAGGUGAUCCGCGUGUGGUUCUGCAACCGCCGCCAGAAAGAGAAGCGUAUCAACCCCAACAGUGCCACCCCUCCCUUGCCCAGCCAGCUCCCCCAAGCCCCACCGACACACAAACCCCCCUGCUACAGCCCACACAUGAUGUCCAGUCAGCUGUCCAGUCAGCUGUCCCAGGCAGUGACCAGCCUCAGUACCACAUUGACCACCAUGUCAUCGUUCUCCCCUCUGACCCCCAGUGGUCCCACCCACUCAUCUCUCAGCUCCGCCUCCUCUCCAGUGACUCCUCCUCCUCCUUGCAGUACAGCCAGCCCAGCCCCUCCCAGCCACAGCACACUGAGUCUCAACACAGGCUUAUGGCGUUUGGGUAAAAAGAAUGGUGACGUGUCUAACUACAUCACCGAUUUUGCUGCAAACUUGAGGAACACUGUGAUGGGAGUAAACACAGGGAACCAGGCUCUGAACCAAGCUCUCCUCAGCAACAACCCGCUGGCUACUAUACAAGCCCUAGCAGCCAGUGGUGGCCAGCUGCCCCUUUCCAGUCUUGAGGGGGGCAGUAAGGUGUUGCUGGGUGGUGCAGAGGGGCAGGGAGGGGGUCUCCAGUCCUCCUUCUUCCUCAACCACCCCGCUUUCCUCCACAUGGGCCAGAAUCCUGGUGCUGGAUUGGUCAGCGCUGCCGUAGCCAAAGCAUCCCAGCCCUCCCCUUUCCCCUUCACCAGUAGCAUAAGCCCCACCCCCUGCUCCCCCUCCCCUUGCUCCAGCCCCGCCUCUUCCUGCGACUUCAAUGAAUUGGCACACAGCCCAUCCUCGUUGGGAGGGGCUAAGAUUGAGUGA